GAUUUUAGGAUGCCUACUAACUGAGAAAAAAAUAGAAAACCGAGAACAUUCAAGGAUAUUUUGAAAUUAUAUUAAGUGGCGAACUUUAAUUCAUGUAGAUCUACUUAGAAGAAAAGUCGAUAGAGUUUACUACGUUAAUGAUGUGAAUAAACAAGAUUACAAAUGUAGUGUAUACUGUUUUUUUUUUAAAGACACAGACACGUGUAAUGCUUCCAGUGAGCUAUUUGCUCUUUGAAGGAAGCACGACACUAGACAACGGAGUAACAUGCAACGCCCAGUGGCACAGCCGAAAACUUUUCCUGACAGCUGCGGCGGGAAUCGAACCCGCGCUCCUUAGCACGAUGCGACUAGAGGCUUGGUGACGUAAGCCGCACGACCCCGAAGCCACACAGAAGCUUGUGGUUCCGUGAAUAUGCUGAAGAUUACUCUGGAUAAUUUUUUUAAAGAACAAGUUAAAUCAAAAAAGAAAUAAGGAUAACCGUUCUAGAGUUACAAGAAGAAGAUUCCUAGAUCAAGCAAAUAUUUCCGGCAAGCCGAAGAUUCUGUUAAGAUGCAGGAAAAUGGAUGAAUCUGGUAGUUAAAAUCCAUCCAACAAUUCUUCAUGAGUAUUUUUUCAGAAAUUUCGUUUGUGUUUGUUUCUGAAACUUUUUUAGAAAUGCCAUUUUUUAAUUUGCUCCCGGAGAUUAUCAGUAUUCUUAAAAGCUUUGAACAAUUAUUUCCAGGAUUGAGAACCUUCCAGAAUUCCUGAAUUCCGACCGCUUUAUCCUGUAGGGCAGUGAAGACUUCAACGAUUCCUUAAGGUGUUGUUUCUGGGACUCCCGAGGAACUAUCUCAGACUUUCUGCAAGACUUAUGCCUGCGAUUUCUAUAGCUCCUACAUGGACUUAUAAGACGAUUAUGGACUUAUAUGGACGUUUUUCACGAAUUUUCUGCAAGAGUUCCUUUCGGGAUUGCUUCUACCUAAAGACUCUCCUUUAAUUUUUCCAGAAAUUUUCAAAAUUUUCGAGAACUUUCUUCCAGAGUUUCCCCCGGGAUUUCAGCUCCGAUGUUUCCUGAAGGUUCUCGUGUGAUUUCUUUUGAAGUUUCACUUCGUUUCCCUUGGAGCUUCUCCCGGUUCACUCAAAAGAUUCCUUCUGGUGUUGGUUCUGGGAUGUAUCUAAAAGUUUUUCCUGACUUUCUCCAAAGAAUUUCUUCGGAUUCCCAUUUGGGAUAUCUGAACAAGCUAUUGUUGAUAUUUCUCAUGGAGUUCUUCCUGUGGUUUCUUUGAGAGCUUAUUCUAGGCUUUUCCUCGUAGUUAUUUACAGCAUUUUCUGCGGCUAAAAUAUAAACGACUCAUAAGAAAGUCAUCAUUCUUAAUAAAUAAUUCCAAAAGUCCCAGUGAAGAAACAGGGGUGCAAGCAGUGAUAAAUAACAAAAUUUCCAUACACAAAUAAAAAAUGCAUAAAUAAAUCAAAAGUUUCCAUAAAUAAUUGAUUUUUGGGCAAUUAAAAACGUCAAAAAUGCAAUGAAUAAUUCAACUGUUGCAAUAAAAAAAGCCAUUUUUCCCACCAAAUAACUUCGAAUUUUCCAUAAAUAAAUCCGAUUUUUCCAUAAUAAAUUAGAAAAUUCACAAUAAAAAAAUAUCGAUAAAGCAAUAAAUAAUUCAAAAAGUGCAAUAAACGAAAAAAUAAAUAAUCAAUAAAUGUCAAAAAAUGAGCAAUAAACGUAAAUGCAUUUUGAGCCAAAAAAUCAAGUAGACCAUGCGGCGAAGCCGCAUAGAGGAUUGAGGAACUGAGGCGGCAGAAGGCCGCCGAAGUUUCCGAUAUCCGAUGCACCGUAACUGCAUCGAUUUAGUUCUAGGCAAACCACAGAUCCAAGAAUUUGCCCGGUGUAAUGCAAACAUAGAUGUUAUCCCUUUUUUAGGUCCGACGAGCGAUAGCGAGUUCGGACAGCAAGCAAUUGCUCGAUAAAUUGCAAUCAUAGUUACGCAAGCUUUUCAGUCGUUUCAGUCAUAUAAGUGCGAUUCAGCAUUUCACUGUCUCAUAAUUUCCUGCAUUUGUUUUUCAUGGGUAAUUUCGUCAUUUUUCAUUGCAUUUUUUGAAUUUUUUAUUGCUGAUUCGAUAUUUUUUUAUUGUGAAUUUUCUAAUUUAUUAUGGAAAAAUCGGAUUUAUUUAUGGAAAAUUCGAAGUUAUUUGGUGGGAAAAAUGGCUUUUUUAUUGCAACAGUUGAUUUAUUCAUUGCAUUUUUGACGUUUUUAAUUGCUCAAAAAUCAAUUAUUUAUUGAAACUUUUGAAUUAUUUAUGCAUUUUUUUAUUUGUUUACGGAACUUUUGUUAUUUACUACUGCUUACAGCCCUGUUUCUUCACUGGGACUUUUUGAAUUAUUUAUGGGAAAUUUUGUAUUUAUUAUGGAACGUUUAAUUGUCUGCCAUUUUCUGCAAUGAUCUUCAUGCGAUUAUUUUUUCACAGAUUUUCUCGUAGUUAUUUAGAGAACUUUUCCCUGAAUCCCUGCCGGAAACUGUUACGAGAUUUUUGAUUCUUCUUCUGGGAUUUCUUUAACCGUUAUGUGUCCGACAAACUUUUUGCUUUUUCUACACCGUGAGCGCUGGGUACCCGGGUACCCUGUCAGCCACAUAAGGGUUAAUAGUUGCUCCCGGAGCUCUUGCGGGGAUUUAUCUGUAAGAUGUAAGGGGAUCGACUGUGAUUGGUAUUAUGCUAGUGGGGAUUGUCGGCUUCCAGUCUUUAUGUAAACAUAAACGGAUAUUGGUUCAACACCUGACGUUUCGGUCACAUAUACAGGGGAUGGCCAAAAUGUUUGGGAUAGGCAACUUUUUUUCUCCCACAAAAAAUUCAACAUGCUGUAACUUUUCAUAGAGUGCAUCAAAAAAUCUCAAAUUUUGACUGUUUAUCAACCUAUUAUAUGUGCAUCAUUGGCACAAAUUUGGGAUCGAUUGAUUAAUGUUUCGCAAAGUUAGAAUCGUUCGGGUAAAACACUAUUUUUUAAACAACUCAUUUUUGAGCUGUCAUAUCUCAUUUAUUUUAUUCAUUUCAUUUAUUUCAUUUAUUUCAUUUCUAUACUUUGUAACGUUUACCUUAUAACAUCGUAUAAUAAUUUAAAUGAAUUCGCCUUUGGUUACACUUCACGGGAAACGGCUUAAGCUACUCGACUUACCUAUUACCUUUCCAUCCCAAACUGCUCGAAUUGAAUUUCCGAUUUACAUGCGAGAGAAGGAAAUGAAACUAUACUAAAAUUUCCCGCGAUACCCGAAGAUGUUUUUGCCUCACUCAAGGACACGGCAGAGAUACCAUUUUAUUGUUAUUUUAAUACGGCGCAAAUAAAUUUGUAUGGCUGAUCCAAGGCCAUGGGGCUUUCAAUAGAUCAUCCAAAGAAAAUCAAAUCACUUUUGUUGAGGUGCUAACAGUGAACGGUUCGCAAGUGAUUUUUAUAGAAUUUUCUAUGCCUUGAUUUUAAUGGUGAUUUUUGAACAAAGCAAGAAAAGUAAGUGUGCUAAUUAGGAAUUCAAAUAAAAUGCUAAUGUAAAUUGCUUUUCAAGGAAAGUUGUUAUAUUACGGUUAGCUACAGAAAAAGCACACGUGGAAAGCUUGAAUAGUUUUUCAAAUUGAUUAAAACGGACCUAGGUUUCCCAUUGACGUGGGAGCUUGGUUUGGAGUGAGAUUUUCGGCUCCGACUUGAGAGUGAGGUACGACUAGCGAAGAACGACGAUACGCCAGUGGUAAAACGACUUAACCGAACACGAUUUCCGAACCGUUGCCAAUUCAAACGAAUUUCGAGCACCAUACGCGAAAGGAGACGCUUUCACUCCUUGAACAUCGGUUUACCACCCACCGCCCGUCGGAAAAUUGCGACAAAUCGAGUUCCGACGGCCGUCUCCGAUUCUAACCUCUCACCGACAAUCGAGAGAGUACGCUUAGAAGUCGGAUUGGCGUAACGCGCGAAGCGAAGCUUUCGCGCAGCUUAGACAGCAACCAACUAACGGGUGUACACGCCACUCUCUCCGCGGCACUCCGCGUCCUUAGCCGCCGCGUGCUCAGCGCAUGCUCUGCCGUACGGUAAUAGCUGAAGUGUGAAGGGUCCAAGAAAACAGGUCAGUGAUCACUGAAGUAGUUAUAAGCAUAAUUGAGCUCAAGCGUAGGUUUAAGAUUGAUCCAUUAAAUUAAAUGCAUAGGAUAAUCGCGAUUUCGAAUAAAGAUUUCCUUUUUAUUAAUCUUAGACUACAAACUUCAACGAAAGUAGUUUGCGUUAGUAUUAUAGUUUAAAUAAAUGAACUCUGAAAUGAGCUUGAGUGAUUUUUCCGUGAUAUUCGUCCGUUAUAUUGAAUGAAGUUAAGUUUCAUAAACUCGCCCGUAGAUUGGGAGUUUCAGGCCGGGCCUCCCUGAAUAAGAAUCCGCUUCCGACCUCCAAUUGGAGUGGCGCAUAAGUCGUUUGCAGGUGUCGAAAAGAAACUUAGUUCGUUUAAUGAUCUUCGGGGACUGAGUAAGGCAACGCUCUGUCCGUUGGUUAUAAGUAGAGCGUUACAUUUUGGCGCCCAACUUUAAUGGGUCCUUAGUUGAAUAUUUUUGGAAUGAGCUCAAAAUCAUAUAAAGUUCAGUUUGCGUAAGAUCAGUUUGAAUAGUAUUAUUUAAGAACAAUUGAGUACAUGCAAGUGAGUGAAUGAGUGAUUAAGUUAGUACGAUUAGUUUUAGUUUGGAUUGAAUUCGAUAAUUUGGUAGUAUGCUUAAAUUGUGUUUGAGUGAAUGAAUGAGAGUUGAAAUUACAUUUGAAUUUUGUGUUUUUUUAUCAUUUUCAUUUUUACUUUUUAUAAUAUUGUACAUAAAUAAUAACUGUAAAUACGAACCAUGGAUAAUUAUCUCAGAAUUAAUUUAGAUGACCUUGAAUUCGAAGAGUUAACAUACGAACUAGUUCUUAGAGGAAUUCCUGUAACAGGAUCCAUAGAUGCUCAGAAAAGAGAGUUGCGAGCUAGAAUGCGAAGUGAGGUCAAGAACAAUACCAAGAUUGAGAGCUUUCGUACGGUUAGCGAGGAAUAUGAAAUAGUACCAGAAAUGCUAGAACAGAUGGAGAUAAAUCUCAACCUCAGAUCAGAACCGGCAUAUGAAUCAAGACUUUAUCACUACCUCGAACGAGUUGCCCGUGCAAAAGAGACUGACGAUGUGGAUAGAGGAAACAAAGUUAUUCUGCUUGAGGUCAUAUGUGAGAUGCUCAGAAUCUAUUUUAGGCGCGAUAUUAGCUUGAACGAAGAAUCAUUUGAGGACUCGCUCGAGUUGGGAGCGGUAGGAGGACAAAGCUCUAGUGACUCGGUUAGGAGUGUGGAACCCCAAGGGGCUAAUCACCCUGAUCGUGAAACUGGAACACGGCCAAAAUCAAAUAGGAAUCUUACUGGAAAUCCUGAGCCACAGUUAAACAGAAACCCGAUCAUGUCAAAAUUUCAAAAUAUGAUCACUCAGCAAACAAAAAGACCCCAAAACGUGUCACUUCCCCCACAGGAUCCCAAUUUGAAUCGUGAAUACGUACAUAUCUCAGAGAUUGACAGUUAUGUUGCAGCUUGUGUGCAGCAAAAACUGAAUGAACAAAUGAGGCAACAUGGUCUAGGAAACCCGGGAGUUGAAGAUUUAACAAGAAGAUUGAAAACCGUAGGAAUUCAGGAUAGAAAUAACAGGGAAAUUUCCGAAUCCGUAGCAGAGAGGCAAUUUAGAUCGGUUAUACCUAACAACUUAGAAAUGCCAGAGUCGGUGAAGAAAAACUUUUUACAACAGGUCACAUUCAACCCGGUUGGAAAUGUGCGUCAGACAAAUAGGCAAAUGGCAAAUCCUUACAGAUUGAAUGAUGAGACUUUUCAUCAAUUUCAGCAAUUACCUCGAUCAACAGAUUACGGUUACCAACCGAAUUCCGGUUCGCCAAUGAAUCCGCCAUCAAAUAGUCCUUUGCGUAAUCUAAAUAGAUCUUUCAAUCUUAACAACGAUUCAAUUCAUACGCGCAGACAACCGUAUCAAACGUGCAACAUAGUUGAAAAGUGGCCAAAGUUUUAUGGGGAUUCAAACUCAGUACCAUUAGUGUCGUUUCUGAGAAACAUCGAUAUACUGUGUAGGUCAUACGGAAUUGAUAAAAAUGAACUCAUAAAACAUGCCCACUUGUUAUUUUCAGGAGAUGCAAGCAUAUGGUACACAACCUAUGUUGACAAGUUUUUAGAUUGGGAUAGUCUGGUGUAUUACCUUACCCUACGGUACGAUAACCCAAAUCGCGAUAGGUUUAUCAAAGAGGAAAUGCGAAAUCGAAAACAAAAGCAGAAUGAACUCUUCAGUGCCUUUUUGACCGAUAUUGAAUCUCUGGCUCAAAGACUAAUCAAUAAAAUGAGCGAGGCAGAAAAAUUUGACAUAAUCGUAGACAACAUGAAAAUGUCCUACAAGAGAAGGUUAGCUCUCCACCAAAUAGCGUCCAUCGAGGAUCUUGCGAACAUGUGUUACAAGUUUGAUGCGUUAGAAGGGUCAUUGUAUACGCCUAGAAACAAACCUCUUGAAGUACACAACAUCGAAGAAGCAUACGAUUCGGAUUCUGAAUAUGAAGAAAUUAACGCCCUACAGAAAACACGAUUUGGAAAAAUGCAGUCUAGUACUGAGACGAAAAACAAACUAGAAAAUUUAGAGGGACCUACUGAAGUUUUCUGUUGGAACUGCCGAAACAAUGGCCACUUUUGGAAAGAUUGCUCACAACAAAAGACAAUCUUUUGCCACGUUUGUGGUAUGAUGGGCAAGACAACAUCCACUUGUCCCAAACAACAUCCUCCUUUUAACACCUCUGCACGGGGUUCAAAAAACUUGUAAAGGGACGGAGGUAUAGGAAUCGAUCUCUUGAACCCCCUCUAUCUGAGAUUCCAGAACAGGGCUCGUUCUCAUACUUCAAUCAAGUUUUCCAAAUCAAUAUUGUUCCUUCGCGUUGUCCACACCUUACUGUAAAAAUACUCGAUUCAGAAAUAGAAGCCUUAGUAGAUACAGGUGCCGGCAUAUCGGUCAUUAGUUCAAUUCCAUUAAUCGAAAAAUUGAAUCUUGCAAUUCACGAAUCAAAUUUAAAAGUUGCUACGGCUGAUAAAACGUUCUACAAAUGCUUAGGGUAUAUAAAUGUCCCUUAUACUGUAGAUUCUAUAACUCAUGUUAUACCGACGGUAGUUGUACCAGAAAUAGCGAAAGAAUUGAUCCUUGGAGUUGAUUUCCUCCAUGCGUUUGGGUUUAGGCUGUCUAGGAAUCAAAAUGAAAGUAAUCAAAACCCACAAAUCGAUAAUCUAAAGAUAGGUUUUGCCGAGGAAUAUUUCGCAAACAACACAGACGUCUUUUCACUUUCAGUUUCACCAAAGUCAAUGAUAGAAACGAAAGACAACUCAGAAAUUACUGAAGAUGAAAGUUUGAAUAUCCCAACAAUUGAAAUUCCAGAGGGAAAGAUUGAGACACCCGAAGAUAUAAAAACUGAACAUUCCUUACUCCCAGAAGAGAAAAAACUGUUGUUUGAGGCAAUUAAAGAAUUUCCAUUAACUGAAGAUAAUAGUCUAGGCCGUACGCAGGUACUCGAACAUAAAAUAGAACUUUUGCCCGAUGCACGACCAAAAAAGUUACCAAUUUAUCGACAGUCUCUUCAAAAAGAAGAGGGAAUUGAACAGGACAUUCAACGAAUGCUGCGAUUAGGAGUGAUCGAGGAAUGCGAAGGUCCUGUAGAUUUUCUAAACCCUAUUCUUGCUAUUAAAAAGCCAAACAAUAAAUGGAGAAUCUGUUUAGAUAGCCGAAGGUUGAAUUCGUGUACUAAACGGGACGAUUUCCCAUUUCCGGAUAUGGUAGGAAUACUACAACGUAUACAAAAAUCGAGAUACUUCAGUAUAAUUGAUCUAUCAGAAUCGUACUACCAAGUUCCGUUAGAAAACAGUUCCAAAAACAAAACGGCAUUUAGAACUAGCCGAGGAUUAUACAGAUUCACAGUAAUGCCCUUUGGGCUUUGAAAUGCCCCGGCAACUAUGUCAAGAUUAAUGACAAAGGUGCUAGGCCACGACCUAGAGCCGUUUGUAUAUGUAUAUCUUGAUGAUAUUGUAAUUGUAUCAAAUUCCUUAGAAGAACAUCUCAAACUUAUUAAAAUUGUGGCACAACGUUUGAGAGAAGCAAAUCUAACAAUAAAUGUUCUCAAAUCGAAAUUUUGCCAAAAACAAAUACAAUAUUUAGGAUACAUUCUCUCCGAAUACGGUCUCUCCGUUGAUAGUUCAAAAAUUAAACCGGUGCUAGAUUAUCCACAGCCACAGAACGUAAAAGAUGUCCGUAGGUUGUUAGGUCUGUCAGGGUUCUACAGACGUUUUAUUCCCAACUACUCAGAUAAAACAGCAAAAAUAUCAGACCUCCUGAAAAAAGGAAAGAAAAAAUUCGUUUGGACUAAGGAAGCCGACGAUGCCUUCAAGCAGCUUAAAUCAGCCUUAGUAUCGACCCCCAUUCUUUCUAACCCAAACUUUUCAUUGCCUUUUGAAAUAGAAACCGAUAGCUCUGAUCAGGCCAUAGGGGCAGUGCUCAUACAGAAUCAAAACGGCGAACGUAGAAUAAUUGCGUACUACUCGAAGAAAUUAUCAAGCACGCAGCGAAAAUACAGCGCGACGGAACGCGAAUGCUUAGGAGUUUUAAUGAGCAUCGAGCAUUUUAGACAAUUCGUGGAAGGUACUAAAUUCGUGGUGAAAACGGAUGCGAUGAGUUUAACAUUCCUCAAAACUAUGUCGAUCGAAUCAAAAUCCGCUCGAAUAGCGCGUUGGGCACUAAAAUUGUCCAAAUACGACAUUGAUUUGCAAUAUAAAAAAGGCUCGGAGAAUGUUACCGCGGAUGCACUCUCGAGAAUCGUAAAUGCCAUUGAUCCUCUAUUACCAGACGAAUAUACAUCUGCUUUAAAAGAACAAGUUACAAAACAUCCCGAAAAUUUCAAAGAUUUUCGAAUGGUAGAUGAUAGGUUAUUUAAAUACAUAUCAAACACCUCACAGUUAGAAGAUGCUGCAUGUAAGUGGAAAUAUGUUGUUCCACUACCAGAGAGGCUAGAAAUUAUCAAAAAAGUGCACAACGAAGCACAUCUUGGUUUCACCAAGACUUUAGCUAGAGUUAGGGAACGCAACUAUUGGCCAAAAAUGUCCACAGACAUCAGAAACUUUUGCUCAUCAUGUAAGGUUUGCAAAGAAUCUAAAGUAGAUAACUCUAAUCCUUUACCACCUUGUGGCAAGCCUAAAUUAUGCUCAAGACCGUGGCAAAUGAUUUCACUAGAUUUUCUAGGUCCGUACCCACGAUCGAAACAGGGGAACGUAUGGGCACUAGUAAUAUCAGACUUCUUCUCAAAAUUUGUUCUUAUUCAGUGCAUGCGUAGUGCAACAGCUGGCCCAGUUUGCACGUUUUUAGAAAAUAUGGUAUUUCUUUUAUUCGGUGCACCUUAAAUUUGUAUAAGCGACAACGCGACGGUAUUUCUUUCCCGCGAGUUCAAAAAGCUUUUAGAUAAAUACAGCGUUAGCCAUUGGAAUCUAUCAGUCUAUCAUCCGGCGCCGAACCCGACCGAAAGGGUUAAUCGAGUAAUCGUAACGGCCAUUCGAUGCGCCCUAAAUGAAAGCUCGUCCCAUCGCGAUUGGGAUAAAGAAAUUCACGUUAUCGCGAAAGCUAUUCGUACAUCAGUGCACGAAAGCACAGGAUUUAGCCCAUAUUUUAUUAAUUUCAGUAAAAACAUGAUAAGUUUAGGAAGCGAAUACGAGUAUUUGAGAGAAUUCGAAAAUGAAGAAACACUGGAUGCAAACCAGCUCAGCGAUCGAUCAAAAGAGCUCUGUGAAAUAGCUCGCAAAAAUAUAAUAAAAGCGUAUGAAAAGUACUCUAAAGCAUACAAUCUAAAAGCGAAUUCAAGAAAAGAAUACGAAGAAGGAGAAAUUGUAUAUAAGAAAAACGUUAAUUUAUCAUCAAAGGAGAAAAAUUGGGUAGGAAAAUUCGCAAAUAAAUUCACCAAGGUCAAGGUCAAGAAAAAAGUAGGAUCAAACACAUAUGUUCUCGAGGAUAUGGAAGGGAGAAGGAUACCGGGAACGUACCAUGGUUCGUUUUUGAAAAAGGGAUAAAAACAAGUUUAUUGCCAUAGCUAUGAUUGCACUCUUGCCGGGAAGUGCAAUUUACAAGUCAUUGAACAAAUUCCAAUAAGAAAAUACUCA